AUGCGGUAUAGAAUGGUUGCAAUGAAGCCGGUGGCCAAGAACUCCAAAUCCGCGGUGAAGUCUGCGAAAAAGGCCAUUCGAAAGAAGAAGGUCCACCUCAAAUUCAACAUUGAGUGCAAGAAUCCCGCAGAAGAUGGAAUCUUCAAUACCGAAGACUUUGAAACAUUCCUUAACGAGAAGAUAAAAGUUGGAGGAAAAUGCGGUCAACUUGCUAAUUCCGGAGUCAAGGUUGAGGUUAACAAGACAAAGGUCUCAAUCAUUGCUGAUGUACCGUUUUCAAAGCGUUACCUCAAGUACCUGACUAAGAAGUACCUCAAGAAGCAUUCUCUUCGUGACUGGCUCCGUAUUGUCGCCAUAAACAAGAACACAUAUGCGCUGAGGUACUUCCACAUCAAUCAAGAUGAGGAUGAGGGCAGUGACAAUGAGUAA